AUGUCAUCGAACGCUACCGAUGAGUCUACGCGUUUCGAGCCCCGGUUCAAAGCGCGCCUGCGCGUGCGUUGUAGCGCAUAUGCCGCGCAAGUCGCUCGCCUCGCCUCGACGCGCGGUUCUUCGAACCUCGUUACGGCAUCGAGUACGCCCGGCUCUCCUCAGGAGAGUGCACGGAAAGUUUCGGCGGACCGCUCGCCCCAACACGCCGCCCGAAUCAGGAUCAUGCUCAACAAGCACACACCUUUUCCCCCUCCCUCGCUCGCGCACACAUCGGCUGUGCCCGCUUCUAUCGCUCCGUCCCCAAACCCGCCGCACGAUUAUCAGUAG